UUACUUCCGGUUUCAUUUGCGUUAUGACGGUUUUUUCACUGCGGUUUCUAGUUCUAAGAACGGGUGUUGUCUAUUUUUUCCGAAAUGCUUUGAUAUUAAAUCAGAUCCGUUACACUUUGCCAGUGCAGUCUGUUGUACAACCUUACGCCAGUUGCUUUAAGUCAAUGGAGAAUUUCACUGGUACAAGUAUUCACGCCGCUCAUAUACAUGAAAUACACGAAGUUCCCUUUCAUGUGUUGAUUCGUCCGUUUCCAUCAGAACUAGAUGAAGAGAAAGUACUGAGUCUUAUGAAAACUCUAAAGAAUCCUCAAACAAAAGAUGAUGUUCCACCUGUAGACGUGCUUUGGGUGAAAGGAACUGAAGGAGGAGACUAUUAUUAUUCUUUUGGUGGUUGUCAUAGAUACGAAGCACACAAGAGACUAGGUCUUCCUACUAUUAGAAGUAAACUGAUUAGGUCUACUGUUGAAGACCUCAGGACAUAUUUAGGAGGUUCAACUCCUAAUCUAAAGUGAUUUUGCUACCGAAUAAAGAGCCUGUUGUUACAAAUAAAUUUAUUAUAUUUUAUUUUGUUAUUGCUUCUACAAAGAGAUAAUUUUAAGUGUAUUUAAAAAGUGACAAUGUUUGUAAGUUAAUUUUUAUAUGAACAAUGUUUAAAUUUUGUUAAUAAGAAUAAAACUUUUAUGU